UAGUAAAAGAAGAAAAACCGUCAGAGCUCAGAAGAGCUUCACUCACUCACUCUCUCUCUCUCUCCAAAGGUUCCGUACGGCCAUUGUGAGGGAAGCGAGGAGGGUCUGAUUUGGGGGGUUGUGCAGAGAUGCUCGAUAACCCUUCAGAUCCUUCUUCAGUUCUCACACCCGUCGCCGCCGCUGCCGCUGCCGCCGCCACCAAGCGUCAUGCUCCUUCUUUUCAAAGGAAUCGUGUUCUCAAUAGGCGCAAGUCGGGAGAACGAUUUGAGCGAACAAACAACAUUUAUGGGAAUGAAGAAGAGAAGAGUCAACUUUCGGCCUUAAGAAAUGUUCCUGCUGUAGAUGACAAGGAUGCAGGCAGCAGCAAUCUUAUGAAUGAUAAUCCUCGUUCUGAGUUAAUAGCCUUAGAUGGGUGUUGCAGCAGUGAAGCUUUUCGGCUUUUGAAUGAUCGGUGGGCAGCUACUAUGAAAUGUUAUGAUGAUCCAUCAAUAGACCUAACUGAAAGACCGGUCAUAUGCUCGGGAAGUGGGGCAUCGGCAUGGGGACAGUUUCGGCUUCCUCAUCAGUUAAUGUCACCAACAAUGAGUGCUGGACCUUCUUCUGGUUGUCAGAUGGAUUUCUUGGGCGAGCUUCGACGUGCAAUGCGCAAUGCCAAUUCUGAAGCCUGACGCUCUCACCUCACCAAGUUUAGUUGAAGUUUGCUUUUGGCUAUGGACUUUGCAGAACAUAUAUUAUACCUGGCACCGUUUUUAUGCUCAAUAGAGCUGUUGUAUAUUUAGAAAAUCCAAUUGGUGUUAGGCCAUGUUUGAUUUACUACAACACAGUCCGCAUGUUAAACAUGCUGCGUUUUAACAGCAACUCGUGGCUUCUAUUGAAUUUCCAGGCGCUUGGAACUGCAGAAUCGGCGACCAUGGCAAACGCAUAAUCCUGUCGGUGCAUGUAUGAUAUGUUUUAAUUAUUAUUUUUUUAAAUAAAACUAAUUGAAUCUUUAUAUUUA